UUACGGCGGGCGGCAGUUAGGUUACUGAGGUGAUUUGCAAGUUUUGUGCAGGGUUUUUUUCGUGACGAUUUGUGCUGUCCGCUCUCAAAAUGAAGUAAAUUAAAUCUGAACUGUGCAAAGUUUUUGUGGCUUCUCUUUUUGAAGUUGCGCUCUCAGUUUGAGAAUUGGAUUAUAAAGAAUCUUUUAAGCGGCACGAGAAGUUCUGUUGAGUAAACAUAUUUUGAGAAAUGGAUCCUGUAGCAGAGUCGCGAUUGGAUGUGGACGAGUUAAAGCAGCUCUUCGAGAAGGCUUCGCGACCUUUUGUGAAAAACCUUCUCACUGCGGAAAUUAGCAAGCUGGAGAACGACAUUAAUCGUCGUGCGGGGCAGGGACCGAAAAAAGCGGUCUCUGCGGCGCCAGCGACCAGUCGGACCAAGAUCAGCUUGUACGGAUGGGAUCAGUCCGACAAAUUCCUUACUUUGUACAUCAGCGAUAAAUUGAAGGAUAUUAAGGGGAUUCCGGCUGAAAAUGUCACAUCGUCGUUCUCAGAACGGGGCGCUCACAUGGAAGUGAAGGGUCUGAACGGGCGCGAUUAUUAUUUCGAUUUAGCCAACUUGGCCUACGCAAUUAUCCCCGAGGAAUCUACUCACAAACUGCGCGGCGAUUCUGUGGUGCUGAAUCUGCGGAAAAAAGAAUCCAAAACAUGGGAAUGCGUUACCGCGGCGGAGAAGCAGCGGAAAGACAAAAAGGCACAAGAAAAAUUUGACAUGGAUUCGGAUGCCAAAUCGGAUCCUUCCGCUAGCAUGAUGACUAUGAUGAAAAAGAUGUACGAGGAAGGAGAUGAUGAUAUGAAACGGACCAUCAGCAAAGCAUGGUUUGAAGCGUCUCAAAAGCAGAAUAAGGGAAUGAAACCGGAGUCGUUCGGAAUGUGAUGGCGAUUUUUCCUUCUUUUCAUGAUGAUUUGGUUUCGGAAAUUUAAUUUGUCCGUAUUCGCCUUUUGUUCCAGUUUAGACUACUUGUGUCGAACAUCUCUUCUGCUCGAUGUUUAUGAAUGAACUUUCUAUAUGUCUGGCUGCGGUUUCAGAUUUUCUAAAAUUUUGGGAGACGAAGAUUUAUUAAAACCGCAUACUCGUA